GCGAGGGGCGGGCCCGGCGGCGGGGGAGGCUGUUUAAAGUGGCGCUUGCGGCGCGCGAAGGGAAUGGCGGAGCCGGCGGACUAUCCGCCUUUCCAGCUGGGGAAGCCCCGCUUCGAGCAGACUUCGUUUUAUGGCAGAUUCAGGCACUUCUUGGAUAUCAUUGAUCCGCGCACUCUCUUUGUUACUGAGAGUCGUCUGAAAGAAGCCGUGCAGUUGCUGGAGGAUUAUAAGCAUGGGACUUUACCCCCAGGAGUCACCAACAAAGAGCUGUGGGGAGCUCAAAAAAUAAAGCAGGCCAUCAUCCAUCCCGAUACAAAUGAGACCAUCUUCAUGCCUUUCAGGAUGUCAGGUUACAUUCCCUUUGGAACACCCAUUGUUGUUGGUCUUCUCUUGCCCAACCAGACACUGGCAUCCACCGUUUUUUGGCAGUGGUUGAAUCAGAGCCACAAUGCAUGCGUCAACUAUGCAAACCGAAAUGCGACAAAGCCUUCUCCGACAUCCAAGUUCAUCCAGGGCUACUUGGGAGCUGUCAUAAGUGCUGUCUCAAUAGCAGUGGGCCUUAAUGUGCUGGUUCAGCGAGCAAACAAGUUUACCCCCGCCACCCGUCUCCUGAUCCAGAGGUUUGUGCCAUUCCCUGCCGUAGCUAGUGCCAAUAUCUGCAAUGUUGUCCUGAUGAGGCACACAGAGCUGGAAGAAGGAAUUGAUGUUUUGGACAAUAACGGAAACAUUGUCGGAUCUUCCAGAAUUGCUGCAAAACACGCACUGCUAGAAACAGCCCUGACUAGAGUGGUCCUGCCAAUGCCUAUACUGGUUCUACCUCCAAUUAUUAUGUCCAUACUGGAAAAAACGUCCCUCCUGAGGUCCCGUCCCCGGAUGAUUCUCCCAGUCCAAAGCCUUGUGUGCCUCGCUGCCUUUGGCCUGGCCCUCCCCUUGGCCAUCAGUCUCUUCCCGCAGAUGUCCGAGAUCGAGACGUCCCGGCUGGAGCCCGAGAUCGCCACGGCCACUGCCAGCAAGACGGUCGUCUACAAUAAAGGAUUGUAAGCGGACGCGGCCCAUCUCGGCCCAGCAGAUUUGGGGAGGGGAAGGGGGAAACUUGAGAUUACUACUGGGAAAAAAAAAAGCGAGACACAACAAACUAGAGCUCGGCGGUAGUAGCGUGUUCCCGCUCCCGGAGGACCGGGGGGGACUUAUUAACGCUUUGCGAGAACUGACACCUCACUCAAGAAGAUUAAUAUUAAAAGUUUUAAAUUAGCAGCAGGAACAACGACGCCGAUUCACAUUCAAACACGUUAGAGCACUAGCUAAAGAAUAAUCGCACACUUCAUAGCGCUGCAUGGAGGGACGCUCGACGGCACGGUCCCGUGCUUACGCCUGACCCCUGAGCGUGGGUUUUGCCGAACAAACUCGGUUUCCGACGUGGACGGCGCCUCGGCGGGGAGUUUUGCCCGGCAUCCAAGCCGCGGGACGGCCAGCGCGGCCCGGCACGAAGCCGCUGAUCUCUUCUGCUUUGCACACGUAUAAAGGACGGGGUCCGUCCCCGCUUCCAGGAGCCCUCUGAAAGUCAGGGAGUGAGUUUAAGCCAGUUGGGAAGUCGUGCUAGGCUGAGCCCGGGGUCUAAAGACACACUUCCACCAACGCUUUAAGCCGGCAAAACCGAUGCCGCCCUGAAUUAAACCCUUGCAGCCUCUGUGGUGCGGGAGCAGCCUGAGCGGCCGCUCGGGCCCGGGGGGGACGGUGGGUGCAACCUCGCGUGCAGCUGGUACGCGCUAAAACACUCGGGGCUUCGGAGUGGGGGGGAAAAAAUCACCACUGACCUAGAAUGAAGGCCAAAAGGGUUUUUGCAACGCUCCGAGGCAGGAGGCACCAGGCCGCGUCCCCGCGCUGCUGCAAGCCGCGAGUCCCCGCGCGGACAUCGGCUCGGGGGCCGGCGUGGGCUCGGGGACGCCGGAGCAAGCCGGGCAUCACGGCAGCUCUCCGCGCCGGCUGCUUUCCCACCCCUCCUGCUUUUUGGGGAGACCCCCGGCCCCCUGAAACGCUUCGCCGGCUGCCCGGUGCCGGGGGAUGCCCUGCCCGGCGCGGCAUCAGCGAGGAGGCACGUGGCACCGGGAGCAUCGCGCACGCGGCGGUGAAUGCUGCCAUGACGCCCCUUCGCUUAAUAGCUCAUUAACCGCCUCGACUUCCCUCACGCACGAAAGGAGCCUUCAGUUUGGGAGAGCAACCCGAAUAAAUAACUGGUGCAUUUAUUAUGACCCGUAUUGGGGAAGGGCCGGGAAGACACCCCCUGCACACCCGCACACCCCGACUCCUUCACCUCCGCCAACGCUAAUAACGAGGCGAUCAUCUCCUGUAGCAUUUAAUUAGAAACGGAGCACUUAAUUGAUUUCUUGGGCGUGUUAAUUAAGAAACGACGAGGACCAGGCUGCGGCAAAAGGUGCCGGCGAGGAGGUCGCCGGGAAGGCGGCAGCGCCGGGCGCGGGUGCCCUCCGCUCCCUGCGUCCUCCCACCCCGGCCGCUCGCCGGUUUUGCAGACCCGGGUCGCCUUUAGGAAACGUCCUCUUUUAAAAGUGUUUUUUUUUUUUUAAUUAUUACUAUUAUUACUGCUGUGUUUCGAAAGUGGGCUCCCCGCGCCGUGGCGGUUCCCGCGGCGGCCCCCCGCGCGCGGUUUUUAACCUUCUCGGGCAGAGUCGUGGCGCGCCACGCUUUCUGUAACAAACUAAUAAUAAAUAGAAAAGCGGAUGCGUUUA